CCCGACGGCGGCGGCGGCAUCAUCACGUGCGCGGCCGGGCCCGCCCGCCGCCGCCGCCGCGUCUGCCGGGAGCCGGCGCGGGCCAUGGCGGGGCCUCGGGCCGUGGCGGGGCCUCGGGCCCCGGCGGCUGCGCUGCUGGCGCUGGUGGCCGCCGCCGCGGCGUCGCGCAGCCCCGGGGCCGCCCGCUGCGAGGUGCCCCCGGGCGACCGCUUCGACUGCGGCGCCGAGCGGCUGCUGGCGCGGGCGGGCUGCGAGGCGCGGGGCUGCUGCUACGCGCCCGCCGGCCCCGGGCGCCCCGACGGCACCGGCAGCGGCCCGCCCUGGUGCUUCUUCCCCCGCGGCUACCGCAGCUACCGCGCCGAGAACCUGACGGCCACGGCGGGCGGCUACACGGCCCUGCUGCGCCGCUGCGCCGCCGGCUUCCUGCCCGCGGACGUGGGCACGCUGCGGCUCGACGUGGCGCUGGAGACCCGCAGCCGCCUGCGCUUCACGCUCCGCGACGCGGCCGGCCAGCGCUACGAGGUGCCGCUGGACACGCCGCCGGCCGGCGCCCGCGCCGCCUCCCCGCUCUACGGGCUGCGGUUCAACGAGGAUCCCUUCGGCCUCGUCGUCUACAGGGAGUCCACGGGGAGGGUGCUGUUGAACACGACGGUGGCACCGCUGUUGUUUGCGGACCAGUUCCUGCAGAUCUCCACGUCCUUGCCGUCUCGUUUCGUUGCCGGCCUGGGAGAGCACAUGACGUCCCUCAUCCUCGACACGGCCUGGACCAAGGUCACGCUGUGGAAUCGGGACAUGGCACCCGCGCCCCAGGUCAACCUCUACGGCUCCCACCCCUUCUACCUGGUGAUGGAGGACGGAGGCUCGGCCCACGGAGUCUUUCUGCUGAACAGCAACGCCAUGGACGUGGUGCUGCAGCCCGGUCCAGCCUUGACUUGGCGGACGACGGGUGGGAUUCUGGACUUCUACGUCUUCCUGGGCCCGGACCCCAAGAGCGUCGUGCGGCAGUACCUGGAUGUCGUUGGGUACCCCUUCAUGCCCCCAUACUGGGGCCUGGGAUUCCACCUCUGCCGCUGGGGCUACUCCUCCACCGCUGUUACCCGGGAGGUUGUGACCAACAUGACGGCAGCCCGCUUCCCCUUGGAUGCGCAGUGGAAUGACUUGGAUUACAUGGACGCCAAGAGGGACUUCACCUUCAACAAGAAAACUUUCAAGGACUAUCCAGCCAUGGUGCGGGACUUUCACCAGAGCGGCCUGAGGUACAUCAUGAUUGUGGAUCCCGGGAUCAGCAGCUCCGGGCCUCCUGGCACCUACAGACCCUAUGACGAUGGACUGAAGCGAGGGGUGUUCAUCCGAAAUGCCACUGGACAGCCCCUGGUCGGGAAGGUGUGGCCAGGCCCAACAGCCUUCCCAGACUUUACCAACCCCGAGACGCGCGAGUGGUGGUACGACAUGGUGAAGGACUUCCACGACCAAGUGCCCUUUGAUGGCAUGUGGCUUGACAUGAACGAGCCAUCGAACUUUGUGGAGGGCUCUCAGGACGGCUGCCCAAGCAACAGCCUGGAGGACCCGCCCUACGUGCCGGGUGUGUUCGGGGAACGCCUUCAAGCAGGAACCAUUUGUGCCUCUAGCCAGCAGUACCUCUCAUCUCACUACAACCUCCACAAUCUGUAUGGGCUGACAGAGGCCAUUGCUUCCCAUGAUGCACUGGUGAGGAUUCGGGGGAAGCGGCCCUUCGUGAUCUCGCGAUCCACGUUCGCUGGUCACGGGCGCUAUGCUGGUCACUGGACGGGGGAUGUUUGGAGCAACUGGGAACAGCUGUCCUACUCCAUACCAGAGGUGCUGCUCUUCAAUCUCUUCGGGGUGCCGCUGGUUGGGGCGGACAUCUGUGGUUUUGCAAGUGACACGACCGAGGAGCUGUGUGUGCGCUGGACCCAGCUGGGCGCCUUCUACCCCUUCAUGAGGAAUCACAAUGAUCACGGCAACCGGCCUCAGGAGCCGUAUGCCUUCAGCCCGGCUGCCCAGAACGCCAUGAGGAAGGCCCUCUCCCUCCGCUACUCCUUGCUGCCCUACCUCUACACCCUCUUCCACAAAGCCCAUUCCGCUGGGGAGACGGUGGCGCGGCCCCUCUUCCUUGAGUUCCCAAAAGACCCCAACACCUGGACUGUGGACCGCCAGCUCAUGUGGGGCGCAGGGCUCCUCGUCACACCGGCGCUUGAGGCAGGAAAGACUAAAGUCAGCGGCUACUUCCCAGCAGGGACCUGGUACAGCUUAGCUGGGGAUGCAACCAUCCACAGCAAAGGGCAGUGGAUCCUCUUACCGGCUCCCCUGGACACGAUUAACGUGCACGUCCGAGCGGGACACAUCCUGCCUCUGCAGGAGCCUGCGUUUAGAACGGCCGAGUCCCGGAAGAAGGGAAUGAUGCUGAUUGUGGCGCUGACGACAGAUGGGUUUGCCAGGGGUGACCUGUUCUGGGAUGACGGGGAGAGCUUGCAGACGUUCGAGAGCGGGGACUACACGCAGAUCCUCUUCCUGGCGACGCACGGCGCCGUGCUCAGCGAGCUCCUGCGGGCGAACGGGGAGGUAGACGGGCUGCUGCUGAAGACUGUGACCGUGCUGGGCGUCACGAGUCCUCCCCGGCAAGUCCUGGCCAACGGUGCCCUCGUGGGUGACUUCUCCUACCGCAGCGACACCCAGGUGCUGACUGUCCCUGUGUCGCUGCCGAUGUGGGAGCAGUUCGCGAUCACUUGGUCCUGAGGCUGCCUGCCUCCGGGUGCAGCACAUACCACUGUGUGCCGUAGGGUGGAGCGUUGCCAUAUGGUUGGUGUCUUAGGCUGAAUCUGGCCAUUUCUUUUUAAAAGCAGAACUGGAUCCCCUCUUGCCCACAAAGCCUGGCUCUUGUCUUCAAGUCUGGCUUGUUUCUUGCUAAAAUGAGUUAGAUUUGAAGUGCCUGGGCUCUUUGCCAGAUGUGCAUCUGAGGGCUCACUGAACCCCAGGGGAUGGGGAACCCUGGUAACUUCCAAACAGGAAAAAAACCCAAGUGCCUGCGGAGACGAGAAACCUGUUAAUGUGCUAAAGCUGUUAACCUGUCCAGGGACUACAGGGCAUCUCCUGAUUGUGUCUUUGGAACAGAUACAGGCGAGAGGCGGAGCCCCUUUUGCACGCUGGGCUUACGCGUUUAGUGUCUGAGCCAAGCUCAAAGCAUUCGCUGCGCAGGGGAGGUCAGUGCUGGGGAAACUGCGAUUUGGGAGCCGUAGAGCCUUCUGCCCCCCGUGCUGUCGGGGCUCGUGAUGCGCUGGGGCUCUGCGGCACUCCCCUUGCUGCUGUACCCGGGGGAAGCCUGCACCCGCAUCUCCAGCGAGGACCGAGAAGGGAACAUCUGUCUGCACAGGGGUGUUUGAGGGGGUGGAAGUACCGCGAAUAAAGAGUUGGUCUGUC